CGUUGUUAAGUCAAUUUUGUAGUGCUUCCCGUGUCAGUUUUAUACUCCUUCCCAUGUCUACCAAACCAACUAAUCAUCGUUCCCUUCCUCCACCCACCAAACACCACCAUAGUUGUCUGCUACAAUGUCGAUUUACAGGGCGAGAUCACUUAUAAGACUUGCUAAAUCUAAAUCAAACUUCAACUUCACUUCCCCUCACUUACCGGUACCAUGUUCAAUCAGAAGAAUUUCUUCAUCGAUCAUCCCAUCUCACUUGGAAAGGGUUGGAUUCAUAGGCCUAGGCAACAUGGGAUCCAGAAUGGCGAGUAAUUUGAUCAAGGCAGGAUACAAUGUGGCAGUUCAUGACAUCAACCUUAGUGUCAUAAAGAUGUUUUCAGACAAGGGAAUCUCUGUAAAAGGAUCACCACGGGAGGUUGCAGAAAUGAGCGAUGUUGUAAUUACAAUGUUGCCUUCGCCAAGCCAUGUAUUAGAUGUUUACACUGGACCAAAUGGUUUACUUAAUGGUGGGAAUCUAGUGAGGCCCUGGUUAUUCAUAGAUUCAUCUACAGUUGACCCUCAAACAACAAGAAAGCUGUCAUCAGCUGUAUCUAAUUGUGCUUUGAUUGAAAAGAAAGAUUCCUGGGAGACCCCUGUGAUGCUGGAUGCUCCUGUCUCUGGUGGUAUUCUUGCAGCAGAGACCGGAACACUUACAUUCAUGGUUGGUGGUCCAGAGGAAGUUUAUAAGGCUACAGAACCAAUAUUUUCAUCAAUGGGGAAAAAUACCAUAUAUUGUGGCAAUGCAGGAACUGGUUCGGCAGCUAAGAUCUGCAACAACUUAUCAAUGGCUGUGAGUAUGCUUGGUGUCUCUGAAGCCUUUGUUCUUGGCCAGUCUUUAGGCAUUACAGCCAGUACCCUAACAAAAAUAUUCAACUCUUCAACUGCCCGUUGUUGGAGUAGUGAUACAUAUAACCCCGUACCUGGUGUGAUAGAUGGGGUGCCCUCCUCCAGAAAUUAUGAUGGUGGAUUUGCAUCUACUCUUAUGGCUAAAGAUUUGAACCUUGCUUCAUCAUCAGCUAAAGAACUUGGUCUGAAAUGCCCAUUGGCAUCUGAAGCAAAAGACAUAUACGCAAAGCUUUGCGAGGAUGGUCAUGGAACAAAGGACUUCUCUUGCGCUUUUCGGCAUUUCUAUUCUGGCAAGGAUGAAUUGUAAUACUAUGGUUGAAUGAGUUGCCUAGUUCUAGGGCUUGUCUGCAUAUCCAGAUGUGGUUUGCAUGAUGUAUGGACGGGCACUUUAUUUAGCUUUCAGGUUUCAGCAUCACAUCAUCAAUAAAAUAUGUGAAUAAAAUCAAGUAUUCAGGCAAUGUUGCUAAGU